AUGGCCGACGCGACACACGAGGCUGAGGGCGCCGGCCCAGACGCCAAGCCCACGCGCGACCUCAUCAAGCGCGGCGUCAAGCGUCCCAGCAAGCUCGGCACGCUGACCUUCAUCGGCUUCCGCGCCCUCGACGUGCCCCUGCAGUACAACCUCGUCGCCGGCGCCCGCUGGGGCCCCGCCCUGCUCGCGCGCCUCGGCAUCGCCUCGCGACCCCUCGCCGGCUUCGCCCUGGCCACGGGCCUCGCGCCCCUCGACAACCUGCACCUGCCGGCGCCGCACCUCAUCCUCGUCACCAUGUCCGCCGCCGCCGCCGCCAAGCAGAUCUACUGGCUCGUGUCGCUGUCCAACGAGGAGUUCCCCGCCCUCACCGCCGCCGUGCCCGUCAGCGCCUACAACACGGUCGUCAACUCGCUCAACGCGCUCCUCUUCCUCGCCUCGACGACGAGCGUCCUCGCCGGCCGCGACACCGUCGACAGCCUGCCGCUGCCCGUCCUUGUCGGCGCCGCCCUCUUCGCCGUCGGCAUGACCCUCGAGACCGUGUCCGAGCACCAGCGCAAGGUCUUCAAGGACCGCCCCGCCAACGAGGGCAAGGUCAUGAAGACGGGCCUCUGGCGCCUCGCGCGCCACAUCAACUACGGCGGCUACGCCCUCUGGCGCGCGGGCUACUGCAUGGCGGCGUCGGGCUGGGUCGGCGGCCUCGCCAUGGGCCUGCUGCAGUCGUACGAUUUUGCGAGCCGCGCCGUGCCGGUGCUCGACCGGUACUGCGGCGGGCGCUACGGGGCGCAGUGGACGCAGUUCAAGAGGGAGGUGCCCUAUGUGAUUCUGCCGGGCCUCUACUAG